AGAACCCUUUCCAUUGUAAUUACGGGCAGGGCGAACACGGUGUAUGGAUUCACGGAACUGGUUUAGGUGACAUGUACAUAAGCUAAUCCAGGAUCUUUACGGUGAAUUUGUGGGUUUGAGUAGUUAUAAUUUGACCGGUUACCUUUCUGAGGACGAUGUACGACAAUCGGCCUGUAGAUGUUGUUAGAUGAAUGUUUCUGUAGACGAUAUUCGAUGAAUGUCUAUACAUAAUGUACUGUGUUAAGAAUUACCUGUACCAGGUAUUGAUCCUAUACUUAAUACAACUAUGUGUAUUCCUUCACUGGAGCCAAGCACUACACAAACCUGAGGGACUUACAUACAUACACACAGAGAAGACUGAUGUUCAUUUCACCAACAUUAUCUACGCAACAAGACAUGACAGAAAAAGGAGCUCCCCGGAUAGUCUUCCGGAAUCAUUGGAUGUACAUUUCCGUGUCCGGGACAGUCACUUAAAUCUAAGUCUUUAUAAAAAUUCAAAACUAUCAUCGUAUGUGCCAAUUUACCUUCACAAUGCAACCGCCGGCGAAAAUCGUCAAUGGCCUAAUAUUCAGUCACCAUGUGCCUUUUAUCAAGAUGUCGGAAACAUGGCGUCCUUCCAUGUGGAGUGUGUAAGCAAUGAGGAUGGAACGUGUAGUGAAUUUGAAUUAUUUGGGACGUUGUAUAUUGAGGACAAGCUUCACAUUUUAGAGUCAGACACGGUUACAAGUGGACCUAAUAGUGUUAAGACAACUCGCCCAUACAGUAUUUAUCAACCUUUGGUGCCUCUUCAGUUUUCCAAUGAUCACAGUUUAACAGAACAUUUGGACAGCCGGUCCUCACCUAACAGUAGAACAUGGCGAAACAGACGAGCGACGGGUUUAUAUACAGUAGAACUGUUCGUGGUCACAGACUACUCUGUUUAUAAAUAUUGGUACGAUGCCAGUUCACAGACUACUAAUCAAGGAAAACGAAAUGAUGCUUUAAACAAGAUAAGAACAUUUGUUGCCUUCCAUAUCAACGGGAUUGAUGCUAGAUAUGCGUCCUUAAAUUUGGGAUUCACAAUUGAUGUCACCUUUGCAGGACUUAAAAUCGCCGAGAAUGCCGAUAGUUCCCCGUGGACGGAGACUGUGAAGUCCACCAGUAACACAGUCAAUGUGAAUGAAGUGAUUAACAACUUCAGCCAAUGGGUACAGUCAGAAUCUGCGGCCGGCAAUAUCCCGUCUCACGACCACGCCAUGCUGUUUAGCAGAUAUGAUUUCAUAUCGCAGGGAAACAGCGACAAUAUAGGCUAUGCCUUCCAGGGAGAAAUGUGCGCCGCUGCCAGUCAGUCUAUAGUGGAGGAUCAAUUUAACUUUAUCGUGGAGACUAUAGCUGCACAUGAACUCGGACAUAGUUUGGGAGCCAAGCAUGAUGGGAUUGACAACAACUGCUUUGCACAAAAUGCAUAUAUCAUGGCUGCCUCUAGUUCUGCUCAAACUGGCAAUACAGCUAGAAAUCCUUGGAUAUUUUCGAGCUGUUCUGCAAGCGAGAUCAACGGUCUUUUAGAUAACUUGAACAGUAAUGGCAACAACUGCCUCUUAACCACAGACUCACAAACAGAUCCAAACCAGAUCAAUUCCUAUAUGGCGACAGAGAUCGGCCAAAUGUUUGACGUCAAUCAGCAAUGUGUGAAAGCUUUAGGGCAGGGGUCAUAUAUGUGUUUGCAAUUUUACACGGACUUUGAAACAAUCUGUACAGGAUUAUGGUGUAAAAAUCCGAACUCAACACAAUGCACGCUAUUUAUACCUGCAGACGGUACGACAUGUAACAGUUUAAAGUGGUGUCAACAAGGAAACUGUGUAAAGUCUACCAACGCACCUAACCUACCAAGUACAUGUUUAUAUGGUGACAGUAAAGGGAUUGUAUAUAAUACAUUCACUUGUCAGGAUAUCGGUACACAGGUCCCCUGGGCCUGUUACUCCUACAACACCAGCUGUUGUACCACGUGUCAGUCACUCCACACCGGACAGAACGGUUGUGAAUAUGGUGACAGGACAGACUGUUCAGCAAUAUCCAGCAAUCAGUGUUAUGCGGGAGACAACGCUAACCUCUGCUGUAAAACCUGUCAGGAUUUCCACACCGGCAUACCAGGGUGUGAGUAUGGUGACCAAGCUGACUGUACAGGGGUAGUCCCUAGCCAGUGCUACACUGGAAACAACGCCAACAUUUGCUGCCAAACGUGUCUGGGUUACUACACUGCCAUACCAGGUUGUUUAUAUGGAGACAAAAGUGUUGGGUGUAACCAUACCAAAUGUGGCACUUAUAGCCAGGCAAAUCUAGAUAUCUGCUGUUUCACGUGUUAUCCUGGAACCCCACCUUCCACUCUGGGGCCGGUAACUAUACCACCUACAACCCAGGAGAUAGUUACCACGACAUUACCGACAACCAGUACUAUCGGCCCGGCAACAUCAGACCCACCAACUACUGUUAGUGUAACACAAACUACAGUGGUACCCGUCAAUAACACCACCUUCCCUACAGCUAAAACCAACCUUCCAGCAUGGAUCAUCCCUGUGGCUGCUACUGCUGCUGGUAUUGUCAUCAUCUUGGUUCUGGUUUGUGUGGCGUGUUAUUGUCUGCGUACAAGAAAACCAAAGCCGACGAAGCCUCCAGGACGAGGACCGUCUACGAUUUCCCGGGGCGGGAUUGGUGGAGCUCGCCAUCAGUCGUUUACUGGUACAACUAACGUAGCGUACCAGAUGGACUCCGUUCCUGGAACCGACCAUUACAAUUAUAUUUCCCCGCAAAAUGUCAGUGGACCCCGUAUUUCGGCAGUAUCCAGACAAUUACCCCCGCCUGCCCGUCCACCUCCGCGUCGACCCCCUCAACCCUCUACCAGACCCACUACAGGACAGGACCGGUCUUUUAUCAAAUCAAACACAACGUCACAGCCAGCGUCAUCGCCUCAUGAAUAUGUCGAAGUAACAGACUAUCAAGCACUCCAGGCUCGACAAAGUACAAAGUCAAGGACAUACGAAUCUUUAAAAUACCCCCAUUCAUGAAAGAGCGCCUCGAUAGUGAUGCCCUUGUCUUCAUGUCUACCAAUAUAUUGCUUCUAGAACCAAGGACUUUUAGCAAAUUAUUCAACGUAUUUUUUCCGGAGCAAGGCAAGAGACAUUGUUUUGGGUAUAAAUAUAUGCAAGGAAAUUCCAUUUGAAUGCAAUUGUUUUGAUAUAUCUGUCCAGGGGCUGAAGUUAUAUUGAGAAAUGGAGCAACUGUAGGCCUAUUAUCAUUUAGAUUUUUAAAAAUUAUUAAGCUAAAGGAAAUUUACAGUGAAUUUUAUGGUCUACCGAGAAUGCCGCUGGAACUGAAGGUCUUCAUCGAAUACUUCGAAUGUUAAGAAUGAUAAAAUACUGGUUAAACUCGGACAGGAGACCCAUAGGCUUUAACAGUCACCCAAGUUCUGAAAUAUUACCAUUUUGACAAUAUCCCCGGCCAAUGGAAGACUGCAGGGUUUUCCCUGUCAUUUUGUUUUAGGGAGUCCAAGGGACUCCUCAAUUUUAAAACUGGGAGUCCCAGCAGAAAUUCAGGAGUCCCAUUUUUUUAACUUUGUGAAAUUGUCAUGUGUACUGAAUAAUGAAUAUUGUAAAAACAGUUAACGUUACAGCCACCAAAGAAACUUCCGAUCGUUCGCUGCAUGGUUACAAACUUUGUCUACAUCAUAGUUGUUUAGACGCUUCGAUUAGCCGAACUGAAGACUUUUACCAUUUCAAACUAGCGAAAGACUCGGAUUUACCCCGAUAAUAAAUGACCUAUUUAUAGCUAUUACCAGGCCUAGAUUUGUAAAAACGCCGAUUGAUACCAGCGAGAAAUGAACAUGGCACAAUACCGACAAAAAGUUUUUUUUUUUAGCGAUAUGGUUAUGUAAUUGAAUUAGAUGUUUGUCUAUUAUUAUUGCGUCCCACGGAUGCAAAUACAUUUUUUUUGCGAGUCCUUCGUGAUUUUUUUGCGUCCUAGACGCAGAAAACCUGCGUCCGGAAAAAACCUGGAUUAGACAGUACUAUACAUGUAUGUACAUCCAAUGGUAAACCAAAGAAUUAUGCUCAAAAAUGUGAUUUCCUUAUAUGAACUGUAGUCAAUUUUACCCCUUCCUCAUUAGGUAUUGGGACACCCCGGGAUCAUGAAAUUCACAAUUUUGGUAAAGCAUCUCAAGACCGUUCUAUCUAUGAGGAGUAUUUUAUUCUACCUUGCUUUGUCUCAGGUGACCUAACAAUCAAGCCCCUGACAAUUCUACAGACUUUUUAUCGUGUUAUGUGAGAACUCAGAAUGAAAUUGAUUAAUAUUGUAAGAGAGUUGCUUUAGAAUGAGUGUAAAGUACACAUGAUACUGUAAACGUGGAUAUUUUAGCGGUUAUCUUAUUUAUAUGUUAAUAUCAUUUUAGCGGUAAUCUUUUUAUAGCACUAAAUGUAUUCCAAUAAUUUAUAAAUGUGAUAUAUUAUCUUAAUUUCUUUAUGCGAAUGUUUUGUUUUUAGGGAAAGCAUUUUGGUCGUCCUUAUGCAUUAAUUUGAGCCCGCCAAAAUAAAAAUGUGUAUAGUACUUGUAUAUCAGAUUGUGUUAUAAGCAUUAUUUAAAGCCGGAUGUGUGAUAUAUUUAAUGAAGUAACAACUACAACUCCAAGUUUACUUUAGCAAUUAAAUUGUGAAUUAAUAUUCAGACAUAUUUAAUGAAGGAAAUACAAAACUGAAGGGAAUAAGGUUGGAAUGGAAAUAUAAAGUACGUACAAUGUAACAGUGAUAACAUGGAUGACUUUUAUAUUAAAAUGUGAAUUUCAUGUGAAUUAUAUAUAUAUAAGUAUUUAAAGAGAAGUUCAAGAAAUAACAGUGAAACAUGGCUUUACUGACCACUGACUUUAACGACGUCCUGUACCAUCCCACCUUUAAUAGAACGGCGACAUGUUUACUGAUCUACUGCCAUGUCCAACACAUUUACUCGGUCCCAUACAGUGUCACUCAGUCCCAUACAGUGUCACUCGGCCCCAUACAGUGUCACUAGGUCCCAUACAGUGUCACUCGGUCCCAUACAGUAUCACUCGGCCCCAUACAGUGUCACUAGGUCCUGUACAGUGUCAUUCGGUCCCAUACAGUGUCACUAGGUCCUGUACAGUGUCAUUCGGUCCCAUACAGUGUCACUAGGCCCCAUACAGUGUCACUAGGUCCCGUACAGUGUCACUCGGUCCCAUACAGUGUCACUCGGCCCCAUACAGUGUCGCUAGGUCCCGUACAGUGUCACUCGGUCCAUUACAGUGUCACUAGGUCCCAUACAGUGUCACUCGGUCCCAUACAGUGUCACUCGGCCCCAUACAGUGUCACUCGGUCCCGUACAGUGUCACUCGGUCCCAUACAGUGUCACUCGGUCCCAUACAGUGUCACUAGGUCCCAUACAGUGUCAUUCGGCCCCAAACAGUGUCACUCGGUCCCAUACAGUGUCACUCGGUCCCAAACAGUGUCACUCGGUCCCAAACAGUGUCACUCGGUCCCAUACAGUGGCACUAGGUCCCAUACAGUGUCACUCGGUCCCAUACAGUGUCACUAGGUCCCAUACAGUGUCACUCGGUCCCAUACAGUGUCACUCGGCCCCAUACAGUGUCACUAGGUCCCGUACAGUGUCACUCGGUCCCAUACAGUGUCACUAGGUCCCAUAAAGUGUCAUUCGGCCCCAAACAGUGUCACUCGGUCCCAUACAGUGUCACUCGGUCCCAUACAGUGUCAUUCGGCCCCAAACAGUGUCACUUGGUCCCGUACAGUGUCACUCAGUCCCGUACAAUGUCACUCGGUCCCGUACAGUGUCACUCGGUCCCAUACAGUGUCACUCGGUCCCAAACAGUGUCACUCGGUCCCAUACAGUGUCAUUUGGUCCAAUACAGUGUCACUCGGUCCCAAACAGUGUCACUCGGUCCCAUACAGUGUCACUCGGUCCCAUACAGUGUCACUCGGUCCCAUACAGUGUCACUCGGUCCCGUACAGUGUCACUAGGUCCCAAACAGUGUCACUCGGUCCCAUACAGUGUCACUAGGUCCCAAACAGUGUCACUCGGUCCCAUACAGUGUCACUAGGUCCCAUACAGUGUCACUCGGUCCCAUACAGUGUCACUCGGCCCCAUACAGUGUCACUAGGUCCCGUACAGUGUCACUCGGUCCCAUACAGUGUCACUAGGUCCCAUACAGUGUCAUUCGGCCCCAAACAGUGUCACUCGGUGCCAUACAGUGUCACUCGGUCCCACAGUGUCACUCGGUCCCAAACAGUGUCAUUCGGUCCCAUACAGUGUCAUUUGGUCCGAUAUAGUGUCACUAGGUCCCUUACAGUGUCACUCGGUCCCACAGUGUCACUCGGUCCCGUACAGUGUCACUCGGCCCCAUACAGUGUCACUAGGUCCCAUACAGUGUCACUAGGUCCCAUACAGUGUCACUCGGCCCCAAACAGUGUCACUCGGUCCCGUACAGUGUCACUCGGUCCAACAGUGUCACUCGGUCCCGUACAGUGUCACUCGGUCCCAUACAGUGUCACUCGGUCCUAUACAGUGUCACUCGGUCCAAUACAGUGUCACUCUGUCCCGUCCGUGUCACUCGGUCCCGUACAGUGUCACUCGGUCCCGUACAGUGUCACUCGGUCCUAUAGUGUCACUCGGUCCCGUACAGUGUCACUCGGUCCAUACAGUGUCGGUAUAGUCACGUUUCACUGUACUGAUAGUCCUUACUUAAAUGUAUUCAGCUAAGAUAUCAAUUAACAGGAACGUGUGUAGCUUUACGAGUGUGAUUUGUUUUAAGACAGUUUGCCCUAGUGUGGCUGUCUGUUAUAUAUAUUUUUAUUAGAUACAAAUUAAAUGGAUAUACCGGUCUGUGUAUAUACAGCUUAAAAGUAAUAAACAAAUGAACAAAGAAGUGA